UGACAGCCCGGUAUUAUUUCGCCAGACUUUCAAACAAGGAGGAAGGUAUUCAGUAUAUUUUGCUGGCUAUCGGAAGAUAACGAGGUCUUACAUUGUGAACUGUACACGGACUACAUUCCAGGUUUUGACCUUUGUCAUAGCAUCGAAAACCAGUUCUCUAGUCCCUUCUUAUGUGUGAAAAUCUACAUUGUGUGACAGAAAAGUAAAGAAGAAAGAUGACACUCAUAGUGUGGACAGUGUACUGUGUUCUUCUACUUUCUGGUUGUUCGGCUCUCAGUAUUCAGCAGUGUUCAUCUGGAAAACAGUACGUUUAUGAACAAAGCACUGUACACCUCAGUUGCGGUCAGUGCAGCGAUAAGAUACAAUGGUUUGUUAGGGGCAACAACGAUCAACGUGAUAAAUACGUUGGCGAGUGCACUGAAAUCACGUGCAACGUUGAAGACAACUCUGCCUUUCGUUUAGCAGCAGAUACGAGCAACAAACUUUACAGCAGUAAGCUUGACAUUAUUAACAUCCAACGACUGGAUCCACUUCAUGUAUCGUGCUGGUGUUACCGCUUGUACACAAAUAAUUUUUAUGGAAGUUAUUACUCCAAAGCCAGUGAUUCGUGCAAGCUUAUCACAGUGCCUAUCAGCAUUGUCCAGGGGAGCUGCAGUGUACAGCUGUCAGGAUGGAAAGUGUCCGGAGUGUGUACAGUUCAAUGGCUGGAUGGUCAAACUACUCCUAUGUGCAAAUGGAGUUUGAACUACAAGAGCGGAGAACGUGAACUACACCAUUUACAAGGCCCAACGACAUCUGACCAGCGUGGGUCAUCCUCGUACAAUACAAGAAACUGUACGCUGGAGGUCGACAUGCCUGUGGAUGAUGGUGAUUAUACCUACAGUGUCACAGUGCCCUCCCACCCAGCGGAUCGUUUCUCAAAGACACUUCGCAUUGAGCAGCCAGAGGGACCCAAGCACAACUGUCCAGAAAUGGUUCUUGAAGGUUUCGGCAUCAACUGCACAUGCUAUACAUCAAAAAUUGGGAAUCCUCCUGCACACAUUGUGUUUAUUACAUCUAAUUCUAACGAUAGUUUUACACAAGGAGGAAGGUAUUCAGUAUAUUUCAUGGCUAUCUGAAAAGAAAGUGUCUCACAUUGUGAACUGUACACGGACUACACUCCAAGUUUCGACCUUUCUCAGAGCAUCGAAAACCACUUCUCUAGUCUCUUCUUAUCUGUGAAAAUUCAAACAGAAAAGCGACAGAAGAAAGAUGACAAUCAGAGUAUGGACAGUGUAUUGUGUUCUUCUACUUUCUCUUUGUUCGGCUCUAAGUAUUCAGCAGUGCUCAUCUGGACAGAUGUACGUUAAUGAAGAAACUACUGAACACCUAAGUUGCGGAAUUGGCUAUAUGAAUGUCACUGAUAUGCCAAAUGGAUCUGGGUUUGGAGUGGAUGAUGAUCUUUUGAGUCCAGGAUUUGGAGAUACAGAGCCUGAUUCAAGAGUAAAGUCUGCAGAGUGAAUAAAGAAUACAACAUACUACAUUUUCAAGUAGAUUGUUGCUGGCAUGAGGAUCACGACAACAACUACAACCGUUUUGACCUGAAAUAACAUUUGUCUUCAUGCAUCCUGCUUUGUGAAAUGUGUCGAGGUCUGCCAGAGUUGUUUAGUCUCAUGUAGAGAUUACUUCUUUUGACAUUCUGAGGUGUGAAACAUACUGUUGAGAUUGUAGACAAAUGGACUUUAUUGGUAACACUGUUGUGAAUUUGUAUUGAAAUAUAGUCACUUUAAUAAUAUAAUAAAAUAAAUUUAAAAGCU